GUUGCUGCUGAACUGCUUGCGCCAGCGAUCCUCCUCUGCCAGCUCUGCGCCGGCCACAGAGCGCUGCAGAGCGCCGCUGAUGCUGCCGCCAUCAAUAAUCAGCAUGUUUAACAUAACUGAAGAUAACACCUCAGUUUCCUCAACGACAGCGACGCCAGCACCUCGCAGCAGUGCUCUCACCACCACGCCCCCUCCCCUGCGCAUCGACCCUGAGCAACGCCAAGCCAGGGUAUUGGACAACUACCUCCUCUCCACCCUGUGGGCGCAGCAGCCCGUUAGAACCAAGAAGAAACGCUCCGUAAACGAACCUCUCAUGAAAAUGGUCGAAUACUUCACUAAACACAAAGCCUGGACCGGAGCUAACAAUCAAGAUGUCGAAAAACUUAUGCAAGAAGAACUUAAAGUUAGUAACCAUCUCGCGAAACCUAAAUCCCUCGAAGAUCGUUCAGAUUUCUUCAAAAGGAAGUUAGUUUUCGGUUUCUUGUAUCCUUUCAAGAAUAGAGGUUUAAAACGUCCUAAGAUAUCUAAUUUAAUGAAGGGUGAUAAAUUAAAUAAAUAUUUGGAGAAAUUACGUAAAAGCGACGUAUUCACUAAUAAAAAAGUCAAUAUCCCUCUGAAGUUAAGAUCGGUACAAAAACGUUCGAUAUUAAUCGAACAAUCAGAAGACCCUAUGAAAGAUAUCAGUUAUUACGUGAAGAAUAAACCCGGGACUAACGUGAGACCUUCAUUAGCUGAUGCUGUGAGGGUCAGAGCCAGCUUAGAGAGGAUCUACAACACGGGCAACAUCGAGGUUGUGCGACGAUACGGCGCUAACUACAACCCGCUCAUACCUUCGCCAUUCUAUUUUGGUGUUAUGAAAACUUUAUCGGAUAUAUAAAAUUAAUACCCUGUAGAUUAAAAAGCUAAAUUACAGCUUAUAACUAUCUCUCAGAGUUGAUACUUAGGCAGCCAUAGUGUACAUUAUGCAUACUAAAUAUAUCGGGUUUUCUGGAUGCGUA